AUGUACGCUGUCGAGGAAAGGUCCCAUCUUCCGCCUCCGCCGCCACCUCUCUCUAUGGAUCGCAUUCCUCCUCCGUCGUCUGCUUAUCCAACCCCCGGGUCGGCGGGCCCUGUGGGCACAUCCGACCAUCUGGCGCCGUUCUCAGCAAGACACAAUGGUCGAAUCUGGUCGUUACAAGUGGUGCAGCAGCCCAUUCGUGCUCGGAUGUGUGGUUUUGGUGACAAGGACCGGAGACCGAUUACACCCCCGCCAUGCAUUCGUCUGAUCGUGCAAGAUGAGCAGACUGGGAAGGAGAUUGACAUCAAUGAGAUCGAUACAUCCUAUUAUGUCCUCACGGUCGACCUUUGGAAUGCCGACGGUACUACCGAAGUGAAUCUGGUCAAACAUUCGGCCAACUCGCCUUCGAUUUCGACAGCCAUGGCAUCUUCCUACCCCCCUCCGCCGGCCCAGAACAUCUCUCCUACCUACCCAACCUACGCGCAGAGCCCAUAUGGCCAACCCGUCGGAUACCCGCCGAACAGUUACUAUGGGGCUAGUCCUCAGAUGUACCAAAACGCGUACCCCAAUCCACAAAAUCCCUACUACCCUUACUACGGAGGUCAUAUGCCCAUGUCCCCGGCCACCCAACCUGCUGCAGGGCCUGGGGGGAUGUUCACACGCAAUCUGAUCGGUGGUCUCAGCGCCAGCGCCUUCCGGCUUACAGAUCCCGACAACAAGAUUGGUGUGUGGUUUAUUAUGCAGGACUUGAGUGUGCGGACCGAAGGCACUUUCCGACUCAAGAUGAGCUUUACUAAUGUCGGGAAAAUCUGUCCGGAAAGCGGGAAUGUUACCCCGGUGAUCAAUCAUGGCUCUGCCCCGAUCCUGGCAACUGUAUUUUCCGAGCCCUUCCAGGUGUUCUCGGCUAAGAAGUUCCCCGGUGUGAUUGAAAGUACGCAGCUUAGCAAGUGCUUCGCUUUGCAAGGAAUUAAGAUCCCAAUCCGUAAAGAUGGUGUCAAAGGGACCCGUGGCCGGGGUGGAGAUGGAGACGAUGAGGGUGACGACUACGAUUAA